AUAACAUUUGCAGUUCCGUAGCCUGAUCAAAACUUCCGGUGAUGAUGGGGGCCUUUGAGUCCACAGUGUCGUAGGCACCAGCGAGAUAAGAUUGAACAAAGAAAUCAAAUCUACCUAUGACAAAUACCUCGACUCCAUGCCCAUAUAUGAACAGGUUCUAUAUCUGGCCUUACGAUUAACCAAUGUUUAUGGUGUAAACAGAGACCGUAGUCCGCAAAUUGCGAUGAUGAUUACGAUUUUUAUAACUACAAUUACAAAGAAAGUUGAUUUAUAUGAUAAAGUAUAUAAAGUACUUUCCAGAAAGUCCAAUCUAAACUGAUUUUAGGAGGCCCUUUAAACAGAUUUCUUAUAAGUAAACUGACAGUACCAAACUUUAUUCAGGAAUUUCCCAAAGAUAAACUUUUUAAAAUUCCAGUGCUUAGAGGAAGAGAACCGCAAGAUGAUGACCACGAUGCGUUCCCGGUUGAAAAGUUGGCCCCGCCUGCUGAACCGCUUCGUCCGCCAGCUAAGGACUCCGCUGCAGUUAGCUCGGCACUCGCUGCACCAGCAGUUUAAGCACCUGUCUGUCUUCCCUGCGAAGUCCACGCGGGAUCCCUAUCUCAUAACGGUAGUACAAGGAAGGUCCAAGAAGCCGCGUUUUCCCGGUGAGGGGGCCAGUCAGCGGUUUGGCGAGGACAGCUAUUUCGUCAGCUCCACGCCCUUGGCCGAGGUAAUGGGAGUGGCAGAUGGAGUGGGCGGAUGGCGGGACAUGGGCGUGGAUGCAGGCCGCUUUGCCAAGGAACUGAUGUCCUGUUGCUCCGGGAAAGCACAACAGUCCGGCUUCGAUGGACGCAGUCCUCGGGAUUUGCUUAUUGCCGGCUACCAGGAGUUGACCCGCCGGGAGCAUCCAGUGGUGGGCAGUAGCACGGCCUGCUUGGUGACAAUGCAUCGGAGGGACUGCACCCUUUAUACCGCGAAUCUAGGAGACAGUGGCUUCUUGGUGGUGCGAAACGGCCAGGUGCUGCACCGGUCGCAAGAGCAAACCCAUGACUUCAACACCCCCUAUCAGCUGACAGUGCCUCCGGCGAACCAGAGGGAUUCCUUCUACUCUGACCAACCGGAGAUGGCAGUGUCAACGCGGCACUCUCUGCUUCCGGGUGACCUGGUGCUCCUGGCCACGGAUGGCUUGUUCGACAACAUGCCCGAGAGCAUGUUACUGAAGAUCUUAAAUGGCCUGAAAGUGCGUGGGGAACAGGAUCUCCUGCAAGGGGCCAAUCAGCUGGUGGAGAAGGCCCGUGAGCUCUCCUUGAAUGCCACUUUCCUAUCGCCUUUUGCCCUCAAGGCCAGGGAACACAAUGUCCGCUAUUCUGGCGGUGGGAAGCCCGAUGACAUAACCCUGAUCCUGGCCAGCGUCGAGGUGCCAAGUGCUUGACGAAGCCUGUCACCAAGUAGGUGGCUACGCCAAAUAUUAUUCCAUGUCUUUCAGCAGUCAGUGAUAAAAAACCGUAAAUAUA